CUAUGCCUACUUGGCUGUCGAAAAGUUUCAAGCAUCAACAGUUUAGCCCGACGCGUAGUCGCGGUCGCAUGUUGUUGCCGCCGCCGCAAAAUAACCGAGAAUCAGUCUGUUUAGUGAGAUUGACGCGUGUGCGUCGCGUAUGCGGUUGCAAAAUGCCGUUAUAAUAUUGAAAUUUGUGAACUGUGAACAAAAUUGUAGAGAUUCUUUUGAAAAGGAACUAUUUUUCACUUGUUGUUGCCAACGCGCCGCUCGGACAAGGCCUUGCCAAAUAUACAACGCCAUUGUGUGUGUGUGUGUGUGUGUGUGUGGCCCCCCGGAGUGGCGUAUUGCACGCCUUAUUUCUACUCGGGGGGACGGUGGCACAAACAGACAGUAAGGCUUUAAGAACUUUUGAACUUUUUCUCGUGUGAGCAAAGCUUCGGCAGUGUUUUGCAUUGAAGUACGCGCCCAAAAUCGAUAAUGAAAUUUCUAUUUAUAAUCAUCUGCGCAAUCGCCGCGUUACGCUCGUCGCAUUAUAACGGUCAUGCUGCGCAAUUGCGUCGCGUUUGGAUGCAGGAUCACUGCCAAGAUGGUAUUUGCACUGGCGUCGAGAUCGGACGCAAUGACUAUGUCAUACUCUCGCAAAUGCCCAUCGCCAAGCAGCUGAUGCUUACCUUUCUCAACUCCAGCAUCGCCAAGAUACCACAUCUGAUGUUCGACACCUUUCCCGAUCUGCAGGUGCUGCGCAUGGAGAAUUGCUCUGUGGAGAUUUUCGAAAAGCCACAAUUCGAGGGCGCAAGCAAUUUGAUGAGUCUUUUUCUGGGUCAUAAUCUGCUACGCGACAUACCGAAGAACAUCUUUCUCGGCGCUGACAAUCUACACACCCUCCACUUGAAUCACAAUCAGCUGCGCACGCUACAUAACGCCAGCUUCCAUGCACUCAAAGAGCUGCAUGAGCUGUCCCUAGCCGACAAUCAAUUGGCACAGCUACCGUUGGGUGUUUUCGCACCGUUGCGCAAGUUGUUAGACCUCAACUUGGGUGGCAAUCGACUAGCGGCCUUUCCGCGUGGCAUUUUCGAUCGAAACCUCAAUCUGACACGCAUCAAUUUGUCGCGCAAUCGCUUCGUUGUCUUCGAGUCUGAGUUGUUUAAGCUGCAGCCGCGCCUCAAACAACUUGAUCUCUCCGGCAACGUACUGCAGGAUCUGACGCUCAACUUUGCCGUUUUGGAGAACGCAAUCGUCAACGAUUGCGACAUACGAAAGUUGACCGUCUACGGUUACGUGUACGAUCUGGAGUUGCGCAACAAUUCACUACGCGAACUGCCACACAUACCACACGCAGCGAACGUCAGCAGUCUUGAUCUAUCGCACAAUCCACUCGGCACCUUGCAGGGCAACCCGUUGCGACGUUAUACUGGCCUGCAACGGCUCAAUCUGAGCGCGAUCGGCAUGCACGAGCUGUCCGAUGAUGUGUUCAAGAAACAGACGCAGCUCAAACAGCUGGACAUCUCGGCAAACUCGCUGUACAACAUGAAAUUUCCGCUCUUCAACGAUUUGAAAUCGCUGCAGUACUUUUACUUUCAACAAAACAACUGGAAUUGCGAUUUCUUGCAGUUGCUGAUGAACUCAUUUGUAAAGAAACGCGAUAUCUCCUUCAUGGAGGACUCCACAGAACCGGAACUGGUCGACGACUAUGUGGACGGUGUGGCCUGUUGGUAUGAGAGUAACAAGGCAACGAAGAAAUGCUCGGGCGAGGGUCUCUCCGAGGCCGCCUUGGAGCUGGCCAUCGUGCGCAACGAUAUCAAAUCCUUUACGGAGUUGGUGGAGAAAAAAUUCAUCAAAGUCUAUCGCAUGCUGGACGAGCUGAAGAUGCGCUUGUAGCGCCGACGCGUGCAAUGGGAGUGCCGACAGGAAAUCAUACGACAAUUGACAAUUUGGCUUGAACUUUUACUAUUCUUACUGGCUUACGUUUCGAUAAUAAUCGCUUUAUUAUUUAUAUAAUCGCAUCUAAAGGAACAUUCUACGGAGGGUACAGUUGUUUUUAUGCAUUCUAAUUAAAAUGACCGACAAAUUACUCGAUGUCUUUAGCAAUAUAUAUUACAUAUAUAUAUAUUCCAUCGUAUUUAACCGCAAUUCUAUAACAGCAUAUAUAAUAUUUAAUCGCAUUUAACCGCAUUUAAUCGCAUUUAAUCGCAUUUAAUCGCAUUUAACCGUAAGAUAUGAGACAACAAAUAUUUAAUCGCAAUUUAUUCGCAUUACAAAAAGAGACAACACUUAGCAUUUACUCAGUAAUUAACAGAAAUUUACGAAAUAAGUUAAUGUAUUUAUCAAUAACGGUAUAACGAUUGACGCAAUAAAAAUCUAGGUUUAAACA